AUGGUUGUCUUGUCAGACUACGGCUGCUCCACUUCAGUGUUUGCCAAUGCGCCAUCAGACUGCGCAGUCUCCAGGGGCACGCUAUUCAAUGCAAACCAAUCUGCUAGUUGGCAUGAAUUGGGUCUUUUCACUAUAAACCAGAAUGGAGCGGGCCUCGAAGCCAACCUCGGGUAUGAUCAAAGAGCAGACUUUGCUCUAGAUACUCUGAGUAUUGGCUUGACCGGUCCGACGCUGAAGAAUCAGACUGUUGCGGGAAUUGCAACCCCCGAACCCUUUUAUCUUGGGGUAUUUGGGUUGAAUCCUCAACCUGUCAAUUUUACCUCGUUAGGGAAUUUCUCUUCGCCCUCAUUCCUCACGACGCUAAAGGAUGAGGGAACUAUUCCAAGUCUUAGCUGGAGCUACACGGCUGGUGCCAAGUACCGCUUAAAACAGGUCUACGGUCAACUAAUAUUCUCCGGCUAUGACACUUCCCGAUUUGUUGAAAACUCAGUGUCAUUCACCAUGGCCGAAGACAUCACUCGUGAUCUGGUAAUUUAUCUCCAGUCAAUCAGCUAUAGCGGAUCAACGUCAGCCACAUUAUUAUCCGACCCGAUCCUGAUAUUCAUCGAUUCAACUGAUCCGAAUCUAUGGCUGCCCGGAAGUGUCUGCACCGAAUUCGAGAAGGCCUUUGGACUUACACUCGACAGUGAGAGUGAUUUGUAUUUGGUGAACGACACUCAUAACACGGAUUUGCUCAAUUCAAAUGCGCAAGUGUCGUUUCGAUUGUCCGAUGUGGCUUCUGGCGGAGAUGCCGUGACAAUCACUCUUCCGUAUAAUGCUUUCGCUCUGACGGCGAAGGCUCCCUUGGUCAAUGAUAGUAGCUACUAUUUCCCGUUGAAGCGUGCGGCCAAUUCGACCCAGUAUACCUUGGGGCGAGUAUUUUUGCAAGAGGCAUAUCUCUCGGUCGAUUACGAGCGCGGUACCUUCAAUGUAUCAGCCUGUGCAUGGCACGAAAACGCCGAACAAGACAUCACCACGAUAACUUCCAAAGACUACAAGCCGACCUCUUCUUCCGGAACAAGCAGUUCAGAUGACUCUUCAUCCCUCAGCCACGGCGCCGUAGCUGGCAUCGCCAUUGCAGCACUAGUUGGCGUGGGCAUCCUCGCAGCAGUCCUCAUCUUCUUCAUCCGCCGUCAAUGUCAAAAGACGGCAUACAGAGCGACUUCCCCAGAACCAGAUGUCUCUGUACUCUCCGGCCCGGUACAUAACGCCCCUCCUCCUGACCCGAGUGAUCAAUCUGCCCCAUACCCACCAUUUUGGUCUGCGGAUGCGAUAUUUAGUGGUGUUAGCGAGAGUAAUAAUGGGCAUAGUAGUGGGAGUGGUCAAACCCAUGAGCAAAGUGUUGAUGAGCGGGGUAUGGAGUUGGAUGGUCAUGGUACACAGGUUAAUCCGGUUUAUCAUGAAUUGCCAGGGAGUGAGGUUGAGAAGAUGCGGCCAGAACCAGAGCUGGGGCGAUCGAAUACCCGUUACGUGUAA